GAUAUUUUAUCUGCUAUAUUCUUGCUUGAUAAUCAGAAGAAGAAGAAGAAGAAGAAGCCAUUAAUGGAGAACCUGCAAGGAGGCGAAUUAGCUACAAAGAAACAGAGUAAAUGUCGUCUACUUCUGUUUCCACUUCCCUUACAAGGACACCUAAAUCCAAUGCUUCAAUUAGCAAAUAUCCUUUACUCAAAAGGUUUCUCCAUAACCAUAAUCCACACUCUCUUCAACUCUCCAAAUUCUUCAACAUAUCCUCACUUCCAUUUCCACUCCAUCCCACUCUCCCUAUCUCAAUCCGAAUCCCAAUCCUCCGGCGUCGAUAUCACAGCCUUCCUCAACAGCCUCAAUACCAAAUGUGCCGAACCCUUCCGUCAAUCCCUCGCCGGACUACUAUCCCAUUUCCGACAAACAAACGAGACCGUCGGUUGCCUCAUAACCGACGCGGUUUGGUACUUCUCUCAAACGAUUGCCGAUGAGCUCAAGAUUAAUAGGAUCAUUCUCAGGACUAGUAACAUCACUUGUUUCUUAGCUUUCUCUUAUUUCCCACUUCUCCGCAAGAAAGGUUACAUUCCUCAGCAGGAUCCACAGAUGGAUGACGAAGUUCCAGAUCUUCCUCCUCUUAGAGUGAAGGAUAUUCCGACUGUCAAAUCCACCGACCCAGAAACACUUGAAAAGCUGCUGAACAACAUGAUUGACGCGGCUAAGAGAUCUUCAGGGAUAAUCUUCAAUUCUUGUGAUCUACUCGAACAAUCCGAGUUAAUCAAACUCCGCCGUGAACUAAAUGUGCCGAUUUUCACGAUCGGACCAUUCAACAAGCUCUUCCCCGCCGCCGCCAGCAGUUUAUUAGUCCAAGACAGGAGUUCCAUCUCCUGGCUAGACAAACAGGAACCCAAAUCGGUUCUGUACGUGAGCUUCGGGAGUUUGGUGACCUUAAGUAAAACAGAGUUCGUAGAAAUCGCUACGGGAUUAGCGAACAGCGGGAAACCGUUCUUGUGGGUUGUCCGGGUUGGGCUGGUUCGUGGGUCUGGUUGGCUGGAGGGGUUGCCGGAUGGGUUUUCCGAUGAAAUUGAAGGAAGAGGGUAUAUUGUGAAAUGGGCGCCGCAGGAGGAGGUUUUAGGUCAUCCUGCUGUUGGUGGGUUUUGGACGCAUAGCGGUUGGAAUUCUACUUUGGAGAGUAUAUGUGAGGGAAUACCGAUGAUGUGUUUUCCUAUUGCCGGCGAUCAGAUGGUGAAUGCGAGGUAUGUUAGCUUUGUUUGGAAGAUUGGAAUACAGAUUGAGGAAAAACUUGAUAGAGAACGAGUGGAGAAGGGGAUAAGGAGGCUGAUGAUUGAGGAGAAGGAGGAGAUGACAGAGAAAGCCAUGGAUUUGAAGCGGAAGGUUGAUGAUUGUCUCAAGGAAGACGAUGGAUCUUCAUAUCGAAAUAUGAAGGAUCUUUUUGCUCACAUUCUAUCAUUUUAUUGAUUCCUAAUAAAAGAAAUAAAAAGUUGUUUUUCAAUUCAAAUAAUGUUAUAUGUCUUAAUUUAUGUGGGUUAUUUUAAGGUUUUAUUUGAUAAUGAAUAAGUUAUUUGAA